AAAUCUUGACAGUCCUCCCUCUACCCCUUUCCUUUUCGACUCUGCCUCCCUUCUCCCUUCUUUUCUUCUCUCUUCUCUGUGUUGUCUCUCCGAACUCUGAAACCCCAUUGGCUGCUUCCGGCAUCAGUCAGUGUGUGUGAUUUGGCUUUUGUUUCUAGUCGUGUCGGCCGAAAUGUGGGUUUUGAAUUUGGAACCAAAACUAAUCCAAGUCCGAGAUUUUUGAAUGCUUCCCUUGCACUCUCUUCCUGUGUUUGAGUGCGAGCCAAGAACAGGGGAGGAGUAAGUAAGGCAGGGGGACCCUGAGAAGAUAAGAAGCCAAAAAAAUCGUUCCUUUCACUUCUGGGCAGCUCCGGCGAGGACCGAAAUUAAUUGGGUACUCGCCUGUUCUCCUCCAUUUUUGCUCCUUCUGUCGGUACGGUUUUCUGGGUUGUUCGGUUCUUGGAGUUUGAUCUGAUGGGCGGUGGCCUCGUUUCUUGCUUCCGGUUGGGUCUCCGACAGCAAUGAGGGUGUGAUAGGGAGGGGACCUUUGGAGGGUUUUCAAGAUCUGGCUUAAUCUGUGAGGAUCUUGAGGGCUCGCCUGAACGGCCUGCCGCGUCUCUUGAAUGUCUGCGGAGCUCUUCCUGCUAUUAGGGUUUCCUAUCCGUUUGUGCCAUGACUACCAAACGGGCGUACAAGCUACAGGAGUUUGUAGCACAUUCUGCAUCUGUGAAUUGCCUCAAGAUUGGGAGGAAGUCGUCCCGGGUUCUUGUUACGGGAGGGGAAGAUCACAAAGUUAAUCUUUGGGCCAUCGGGAAACCCAAUGCAAUAUUGAGCUUGUCUGGGCACAGUAGUGGUAUUGAUUCAGUCAGCUUCGAUUCCUCAGAAGUAUUGGUAGCUGCAGGUGCUGCAAGUGGUACCAUCAAGCUUUGGGAUUUAGAGGAGGCAAAAAUUGUUCGUACUUUAACUGGUCACAGAUCUAAUUGUAUAUCUGUGGACUUUCAUCCCUUUGGGGAAUUCUUUGCAUCGGGAUCUCUGGACACGAAUCUGAAAAUAUGGGACAUCAGGAAAAAGGGCUGCAUCCAUACAUAUAAGGGUCACACUCGAGGGGUCAAUGCAAUCAGGUUCACCCCAGAUGGCCGUUGGGUUGUAUCUGGAGGAGAGGACAACAGCGUCAAGCUAUGGGAUCUAACUGCGGGAAAGCUAUUGCAUGAUUUCAAGUGUCACGAGGGUCAGAUUCAGUGCAUAGAUUUUCAUCCCCAUGAGUUUUUGUUGGCAACAGGUUCAUCUGAUCGGACUGUAAAAUUUUGGGACCUUGAGACUUUUGAGCUGAUUGGUUCUGCUGGACCCGAGACCAGUGGAGUUCGUUGUUUGACUUUUAAUCCUGAUGGAAGGACCCUUCUUUGUGGAUUACAUGAAAAUCUUAAGGUUUUCUCUUGGGAACCUGUAAAGUGCCAUGAUGCUGUGGAUGUGGGAUGGUCCAAGCUUUCCGAUCUUAACGUACACGAGGGAAAGCUCCUUGGAUGCUCGUUCAAUCAAAGUUGUGUUGGCGUCUGGGUUGUGGACAUCUCGCGAAUAGAGCCUUAUGCUGUUGGCAGUAAGCGUCUCAAUGCUCAAUCAGAAUCUAAAAGUGCUUCGUCAGGAAGCCUGUCAGUAUUAAAUGAGAACACCGUGAAGCCGAGCUCAGGGAGGCUCUCAGUUUCUGAGAACACUACAAAACCUACUUUGGGGAGGCUCUCAGUUUCUCAAAAUUCAGAUUUGUUGGUUAAGGAAACAAAGUCUGUUGCAAGAUUGUCAGUCUCACAGAAUACAGAUCCUGUUAAGGAGUCAAAAAGUUUGGGAUCAACUGGAAGUGUACCAGGAACUCCUCAAAGGGUCAGCAUACAUGCCAGUCAGAGGGCUGCUCAAGCAAAUUCGGGCACUGUUCCCAGUGUAGCAGCAGCCCCUAAAAGAACCUCCACAAAGUCCCAGUCAUUGAUUAAUUUUCCAACCUAUAACAGAGCAGAUGUUGUGCCUGUUAUUGUCCCAAGAACCGAUUCGAAGCCAGAGAUAGCUUCUGAUUCGAGAAAAGAAACUAGUCUUGCUUCGAGGACAAUGCCCUUUUCUCUUCAGUCAAAGUCUAUGGAGUUGCGGAAGCUCUCCAAUGGAAGUGAUGACUCUGAGCAGCCCACCGUCUCUGGGCAGUCCGAAACCGCGGGUUCUAACUGCAAUGGACCAGGCAGCUUUUCAACUAGGAAGACCCUUGCUCCCAUGAAAGGCCAACAAGAUCAAGGAUUGCCUGAAAGGAGUGCUAAUGAUAAUUGGCCUCCUGUGAUAAUUAAGACCAACGCUAGUACCAUGAUUGAACCUCCUGUUGGUUUGCGGAAUGAGAGUUUUGAGUCUCGGGGCCCAAAAGUAACUAGAGAGCCGAUCGCCACAGAGGGUCAAAGGGGAGGGAGGAUGCGUUCUCUCGCCAUUAAUUGGGAGAAACGAGAUAGACUUGAUCCCGAUGGUCCUACUUCAAAUAUUUCUGCUCGGGCUGGGUCAGCUGUUAAUAUGCUUCCUUUUAGCACGAGGGGCCGAUUGCCAUCAGUCGAAAAAGAAACACCUGCCAGUGACGAGGAUGCUGUUGCAGAUGUGAUGGAACAGCACGAUCAGUUUGUGAGCUCUAUGUAUGCUCGUUUAGCCAAGUUACAGGUAAUCCGUGGAUCUUGGGAUAGAAGAGACAUAAAAGGAGCCAUUGGUAUCAUGGAAAAAAUGUCUGAUCGUCACGUCCUUGCGGAUGUAGUCACCAUUCUGACGGAGAAAAUUGACAUGGUAACUUUGGAUGUUUUCACAUGUCUUCUACCACUCCUCGCUGGACUUCUUGAGAGUGACAUGGAUCGGCAUCUGUGCAUCUCUUUGGAGAUUCUUCUCAAGUUGGUCAGAGUAUUCGGCUCCAUGAUUUAUUCAGCAGUAUCAGCACAGACCCCUGUCGGUGUCGAUAUCGAAGCCGAACAAAGGUUGGAACGGUACAGUCUCUGCCACACAGAGCUUGAAAAGGUCAAACGCUGCUUGCCUUCUCUCACCAGAAGAGGUGGAUCAGUGGCGAAAUCUGCACACGAACUGAGUCUAGCUUUUCAAGCAGUUUCAUGAGUCUCAGAAGAUCUUCCGGUUCAAAGCAAAUUCAUUCUCAGGGUUUGUGUACAGUAUUUCUCUGCCGUGUUGCUUAGAAUCUCCUCUAUCGGUGGACACGACUACUGCCCUGAUAUAGACUUCCUCUUAACUUCAAAGGGAAAAAGACUAAUCAGGCAUCUCCUCCUUCCUGCUCUUGGGUCGUCAGUUUGUUUAGGCUCGGGAUGUUUUGGCAGAGAGAGGUGUGCAGUUACUGAGCUAACCCCCUCCUGGCACAUGGAGCUUGUGCUGUAUUUUCUCCUUUUGUUUUGAGAUACGAGUGGAGCGUGUAUUUAAGUGAUGAUUAUUGUUAUUUUUUAGGACACAGAAAUUUCGAAAUGAUCCCGCAAAAUGAGAAAUGAAUGGACCUCUAUAAUCUUUUGGGAGGAGUGAAAUUGUAAAGGCUGCAGUUUCUUUCUCUAGUGAUGUAUGCUGUGAGGCUUCCUUUUUCUCUCGUUCAACAUUUGAUUAAGAGUUCGGUAUAUGGAAGACCCUUUUGGAACAA